AUGGAUAAUUUAGAAAACUAUUUAAAUUUGAAUUGUGGACUUCGUUAUGAAGAUAAAAAUUUUCAACCAAUUAUUUAUGAAGGAAAAAUUAUGAAAAUAGAAAGAUGUAUUAACCAAAUAAUAAUAUAUGAACCUGAUAAAGAUAAUAUGAAAAAUUCCGCCUGGGACUUGUUUGAAACCAAAUUUUCAAUUAAGCCUCAACUUGAAAAAAAUAAUGACAAGUUAAAAAUAACUGAUAUCAAAAUUCUUAUUCCGAAUUUCAAAGUUACAUAUACUGGAAACCCAGAUACCAAUGCCCAUUGUGAAAAAUAUCAUCAAUUAUUCAUUGCCGAGGAAGUAUUGAUCGGAGAAUUUUGGACCAUUAAGAACGUUUCAAAGUACUCAUUUUUAGAACUCGAUCAGUUUAAGGCGAGUGUGGCAUGGGCUAUUAUUGAAGCUUGUAUGGGUGAUAAAGCUCUUACAGGAAUCGAUAAACUAUUUGUACAUUCAGGGCUAAGUGGCAUUGACAUCGAAGAUUCAAAUGGGCAUAUUAUCAAAAAUACUAAAAUUUUGGAAUUUAUUUCUCAACUACACAAAAGUUCCGAAAUUAGAAACAUCAUUGCUUACGAAAAGGUUGCCCCCACAUUCUCAGAUGAACGAUUUCAUAUUCGUCUAGUUCCAGGAAUCACAUUUCAUAAAGAAAUUACUAUGACAGAUUUGUUUAAAAAUAAUAUACAUAUGAAGUUGCCAUCCUGGAUAGAAAGAUAUCGUUUGAAUUAUGGGAUUGUAAUAACGAGCAAUGGACUUGUAUCCGGAAAAAAGGCCGCCUUGGAUUUUGUUUCUUUGCCGUUAAUUAAGUUUGAAAAAAAAACGAAAUUAAAAUUUUCACUAUCCACUUUACCAGAAGGGCUGCUGGGCUCCAAAUAUUACAUUGACUAUAGUUACGAAAUUCCGAUGGAUAAAAUUCCAUUUUUAGAAUUUCCUUCCAGUCCAAAAUUAAUCAAUAUUUCUCAAUGUAACAUCUUUCAUGAAGAAGUCAUAAUUUAUAUCUUUGGUAAAAUUCAACAAAGACUAGUAAGUCAACCGUCAAAACAGUUGGAAGAAGAUAUAAAUGGUGCCAUAAAUGAUAUAAAUCCAUGCGAGUCAUUAACUAGAGUUUUUUCUGAAUAUGGCCACAUUAUUUGUACUGAAGUUACUAUGGGAGAGAGACUAUACGUCCCGCAGGAUCUGUCCUCGAUCUCGGAAUCAUGUGGAGUCGGUUGCUUGGGAUUUAAUUUACCGAGAAAUCCAAUCAUCCUACCAGAAAACUGGAAGAGUAUAAUGAAUGAAUAUAAUAUAAGUAUUCCAGAAUACUUUAUUGCACAUGACUCUUCCCCCAUAAAUUUAAAUGAUAUCGACGAUUGGUUAAAUGGACUUUCAGAGAAACCAAAUGAUUGGUCUUUAGCAAAUCAACCACGAUUAGUUCCGCUAUAUAAAAUCCUUAAUGAAAUGACCCAAAAUAAAAUCAGAGAUUUAUUUAAAAAUGACCUGAAGAUUUUAAUGACAGGGAUAACAAGAAUUAAAGAUAAAACACGCCACUGCAGAGUAUUUUUUGAAAAACCUCUAAAAAGUGACGAUUACAGAAUUAUAGGGUCUGCCAUUUACAAUAAUGAAAAAUUAAAUUCAAGUGUAAAGUUUAAAAAUUUGAGUACGAGAGGAUUCUUAAUAAUUUUAGAUGAAAGUAUUUAUCAAAAACACAAAAGGAAUUUAGAAGUCUUCUGGCAACUGAUCGGAAAGCCAAAGUCUGUUGGUUACUUUAGCAAUUUUACCAGAGAUAUAAAAACGUUAUUUAGCAAAGAAUCGAUCAGUAUUUCAGAAAAAAAUACUUCACAUUCAAUGUUCGUUGAGGAGAAAUUAAUUUCGGGUUUUAUUAUUGCGACAUAUGUUCAGUACCCACGUACAAACUAUGAGAUAAUGAUUCAAACAAACCUGAAAUCUUGGUCCGAAAAAAGAAUAGACUUGGAUUUUACCGUACAUUUAUUCGAUAUUGACUCACCACAUGAAUUCGAAAUUAAUUUAUAUGUAAUAAACCCAAUUCAAGAAGAACAUGUUAUUGCUGAUAUUAUUUUAGAAGAUGAAAAUAUUGUAGUCUCAAACGAAAGAAGAAUUUAUUGGAAGCUCAUCGGGCAUGAACUCAUUGACAGGGACUUUAUUGCUCAAGAAAAUGAAUGCCACACAAUAAAUAAAAACAGCAGGGUAACAGGAGAAAUCAGUGAGUUCGAUGAAGUAAAAACCAUUGAAACAAAGUACGAAAUAAUUAAUAGUAUAGCACGUUCACAAACAAAGAUCAAUAAUUCGCAUGGUGAAACAGAUCCGUUUGUAGACAGCCUUGUAAAAAAAUAUGAAUAUUUUUCUUUUAAGAUCUUAAAUGAUAUUACAAAGGACGAAUCAUGUAUUACCAAACUUGCAUGCCUAACGGAAUUAGAUAAAAAUAUUGUUCUCAAAUAUAUAAAAUACAUAGACAGAUACAAAAACAAGGACGAUUAUUACAAGGAUUUUAAAAGAGAGGUAUAA